UUGUAGAGCCACGGGGACCGAGGGAAGAAGGCUGCAGAAGGAUGCACGGCCUGCCCGGUGCUGGCCCGCACUGUCCGCCGCCCGAGCCUGUGUUGCCCACCCGCCCGAACUCAUGACGCGCUCGCCCGGCCUCGUGGUACCCCUGCUGGGUCUGGGCCUGGGGCUGGCCCUGAGCCUGCCCGGAGCUGUGGCAGUCGACUGUGGGCCCUUCGCGCGAGUGGAGCACCUGGCCUUCCCUCCAGUAGCCAGGACGCGAUGGCUGCCCCCUCGUGUCCGCGCGCCGGGGCCCCUGGACUCCCUCUAUGGCACCGUGAGACGAUUCCUCUCCGUAGUUCAGCUCAACCCCUUCCCGUCGGAGCUGAUAAAGGCCCUGCUGAAUGACCCAUCUUCUGUGAAGACAGAUGAGGUGGUCCGGUAUGAGGCAGGCUACGUGGUGUGCGCUGUGAUCGCUGCCCUCUACCUCCUGUUGGUGCCCACUACUGGGCUCUGCUUCUGCUGCUGCCGCUGCCGCCGACGCUGCGGGGGCAGAGUGAAGACGGAGCACAAAGCCAUGGCCUGUGAACGCGGCACCCUCAUGUCCUUCCUGCUGCUGACCACCCUCGUGCUCCUGAUUGGUAUGGUCUGUGCUUUUGUCACUAACCAGUACACACACAGCCAGACAGGCCCCAGUGUGGAAGCCGUCCCUGAGACCCUGCUCACCCUAAGAGGCCUGGUGUCUGAUGUCCCUAGGGAGCUUCAGGCGGUGGCUGAGCAGUUCUCCGUGCCCCAGGAGCGAGUCUUGAAGGAGCUGGAUGGUGUCAGUGAGAACCUUGGGAACAUAAUUCAUGACCAGCUCAAGAGCACAGUGUACCCGGUGCUAGCCUCAGUGCACAGCCUGGGCCAGGCCCUGCAGGUUUCCAUAGACCACCUUCGAGCCCUGAACACCACCUCGGUGGAGCUGCAGGAGGGUCAGCAGGACCUGGAAGCGCCUGUGCAGGCUCACCGGGAACGCCUGGUCACCUUGCUGCAGGAGAGCUGGUGCCUCGGGAACUGCGAGGGGGCCUUAAGCCAGGCCAGUGCUCUACAGCUGGGUGCUGACUUCAGCCAGGUGCCCCCUGUGACUGAUGUCCUGCAUCGGCUGAAGGGUGUCCCAGAGGCCAACUUCUCCAGCAUAGUCGAGGAGGAGAAUACCACCUUCAAUAGUCUCCCGCUCCUGGUUGCAGUGCAGAUGGCCAGUGUGAUCAAAGAUGUGAAAAAGGCCCUGACUGAGCAGCCUGAAGGUGUGAGGGUACUGGCCCAAGAGUUCCCAGGGUCAGAGGCAGCUUCCCGCUGGAGCCAGGCACUGGAGGACCUGGAACAGCGCAGCCGCCCCUACUUAAAAGAGGUGCAGCGAUACGAGACAUACAGGUGGAUUUUGGGAUGUGUGCUGUGCUCUGCCAUCCUGCUUGUGGUGAUCUGUAACCUGCUGGGCCUCAGCCUAGGCAUCUGGGGGUUGUCUGCCAGGGAGGAUCCCAGCCACUCAGAAAGCAAAGGCGAGGCUGGAGCCCGCUUCCUCAUGGCAGGUGUGGCCCUCAGCUUCCUCUUUGCGGCCCCCCUCAUCCUCCUGGUCGUCACCACUUUCCUGGUGGGUGGCAAUGUGCAGACGCUGGUGUGCCGGAGCUGGGAGAGCGGAGAGCUGUAUAAGUUUGCAGACACCCCGGGGAACUUGCCCCCGUCCAUGAACCUGUCCUACCUUCUUGGCCUGAGAAAGAACAUCAGUGUCCUCCAGGCCUAUCGACAGUGUAAGGCAGGGGCAGCACUCUGGAAGGUUCUACAGCUCAAUGACUCCUAUGACCUGGAUAAGCACCUGGAUAUCAAACAGUAUGCCCACAAGUUCCAGCAGGAGCUGCAGAACUUCAAAGUGGAUGUGAAGGAUCUAGACCUGUUGCGCCCCGCUGCUCACCGGGACCUGGAGGCUUUGCAAGGUAGCGGGCUGGAGAAAAUCCACUAUGGAGACUUCCUUGUGCAGAUCCAGAAGCCUGUGGUGAAGACUGACAUGGAGCAGCUGGCCCAGGAGCUGGAGGGACUGGCCCAGGCUCAAAACAACUCUGUACUGAGGCAGCAGCUGCAGGAGGAGGCCAGGGAGCUCCGAAGCCUCUACCAGGAGAAGGUUGUCCCCCAGCAGAGUCUUGUGGCCAAGCUCAACCUCAGCGUCAGGGCCCUGGAGUCCUCUGCCCCCAAACUUCAGGUGGACACCUCAGAUGUUCUUGGUAAUGCCACUCAUCUAAAAGGAGUGCUGCCUGCCCAGACCAGCUACAUCAUGAGGACUGCCUCGGAGUGUUUCCUGGUCAGGGAAAUGGGCUACUUCUCUCAGUAUGUGGCCUGGGUGAGGGAAGAGGUGACUCAACACAUCGCCACCUGCCAGCCCCUCUCUGGAGCCCUGGACAAUGGCCAUGUGAUCCUGUGUGACAUGAUGGCCGACCCCUGGAAUGCCUUCUGGUUCUGCUUGGGGUGGUGCACCUUCUUCCUCAUCCCCAGCAUCGUCUUCGCAGUCAAGACCUCCAAAUACUUCCGUCCCAUCCGGAAACGCCUCGGCUCCACCAGCUCUGAGGAGACACAGCUUUUCCACAUCCCCAGGGUCACCUCCCUGAAGCUAUAGAACCCACUCACCGUCUCUAACAGGCAAGGUGAUCCCUGUGGCUUCCUGUUCUCCUUCCUUGUCUCAGCCUGGACCAGAAGACUUGUGUAACCCCUUUCCCAGAGCCCAGGCUGGCCCCCAGCGCUGGCUGUCCCUCCCUCCUCCAGCUUACAGUCCCGCCGUUCACUCUUUUCCUCUUGGCACAUGCGUAUAUCAUAUACAGCCUCUACUGACCUUCAGAGCAGCAGGUUCUUUUGCGUAGCUAGCCCUUGUCCCCCUUGCUAUGGUAUCCCAGGAACAGGGAGGACCUCUGCGCCAGCCAUGGGAGCUCCUUCCCCAGCCUUUAGGUGGGAUACAGGUCCCCCAUUUACUUUCUCCCCGCUUCCUGCCCAAGCCCCUUUCCCCUUGUCUGAGUUUGAUCCCCCCACCUGCCCCAUUCCUGUUCCUCCCCUGCCCAUUGCUUGCUCUUUCCAUGGAAGUCCUGCCCCAGCCCCCUCCCAACCCAACCCUCAUUAUCCCCUCUUCUUUUGUCCUCACUACCACCUUGCUGGCUCCAAGCCCUGCUUCCUGUCCACCUAACCAAGCAGGCAGCAGAUGUCACGGCUGAGGUCAUGACCCCUGAGCCUUCUUGGAGCUCUAGUCUGGAUCUCCUGUUCUCAGUGGGGGUAAAACAGGCCUGUAUGAGGACUGAGCUGUCCUGUCUGCACCCCAGGUUAGAAAUAGCCAUGCUGGCCCUAUCUUCUCUCUGAGCACUGGCUCCUAAGAGAGGACCAGGGAUGUGGGUCACACUGGGGCUCCCCAUUUUCCUUACAGACAGUAGCAUGGGUGGGCCCCACUGUCUUUCCUAAGUCGGAUCUGGUGGUGAGAACAGGGUUUUGCACUCACUCCUCUUUCCAUCCUGAACAUACGGCCUGGGAUCACCCCUCACUUGUCUCUGCAUGGUCCCUAUGUGCUGGACACUGGGUCCAGAAAGGACAAAGAAAAGAGAGAAGUUAGGGACAGUCUCUGUUCCAUUAACAUGUCACUUUUGUGAGCUUUGGUUCUGGGUCCCCGAGGCUGGGUCCCUAAGGCUAAGGUUCAGUAUACAGUUGUAUUUAAUUGGUAUCUGUGGGAAGAAUCCCAAGGCCUCUUUAUAGGCAUCCUGGGACUGUGUGGCAAUUCCGUGUGGGGAGCAGAGCCUGCCUAGUCAUAUGAUUCACAGCCUGGUUCUGAUGCUGCUAGCUGGGGCAUCUCAAAAUGUGAUGUGGGUCCCCCAUGCUUCAAUUUCUCCUUUUGACAAAAUGGAGAGGCUCCUCAGAGCCUGUAUGUAGGGUUUUCAUGGGUGGAACCCUUGACAGGGCUUGGUGCCAAGCAAGUGCUCCUCAGGAGUUGAGAGCUAGGCUGAGGGCGGAGCCAGGGUCUAAAGGGGGAGCCCUCUAUGACAGUGAUCUGCUGUGUUUCCAGGCGUGUUGAUGUGGAGCUGCAUCUUAGGAGCCAGCAGCAGUUUUGCUGCCAGGACUUAGGAUGGUGGUACUCAAUGUGCUAAGACUCCUGCAAGCAUACUCUCAAACAAGAUUUUUUGUUUGGUUGGCUUUUUUGUAUUUUGUUUUUCUUUCUUUUUUGGCUUUCCCCAGAGGUUGGAAGUUUUUGUUUUAUUGUUUGUUUGUUUUUUGGUUGUUACUUGUUACUUGGGGGUGAGGAAGUGACACCCUGCAUUUUUUAGAUCUAAUUGAUGGGAUUUAAACAAAUGAAAUAAAAGCAAUCAAAAAAUCA